UGCAUCCAGUCGGAUCCUUUCUCUCAUUGAUCUAACAUAUAUAUGGAACGUGCUUUAACCCGUCCAGUUCUUUCUCACUAGUGCAAGGAUACUGGACCUUAAUGAGACAUGGGUUUGCUUUGGCAGCCAUGCUGACCACCUUAAUGGACGGCCUCCUCUGCUGCCUGACAGGGAAGUCGGCCAACGUCGUGGUCCCCAUAGAAACCUCGGAAGCCGCCGACGGCUACGAGUUCGUGGAGGUCAAACCGGGUCGUGUCUUGAGGGUCCGACACAUCAUCCCGGAGCGGGAGGUGGUGGACGAGCCCAGGGGCCCUGGGGGAAGCGUCCACCGUAAGAGGAAGAUCACAGUGUACCGUAAUGGGCAGCUACUGAUAGAGGACCUGGGCGACGCGGCGAGACAGGAGCUUUUACACGCUCAAAAUGGAGACACACAACCCAACUGUACCGUAGAGGUGGAGCUCGCAGACCCAUUGUCCAAUCCAACUCCCACCGCUGACCCCAAAGCGGACAAGACCGGGUCAGUGGUUGGAACAGGGGGAGCGGCGACAUCUCCAGCCCCGACCCUCGGAUCAGCCCCAGAUCUGACCCAACAGCCCCGGAAGCGGCGGCGGAAGCCCAAACGCACAGUGGUGAUUGACAGCGAGAGGAAGAUCACGUCGUGUAAGGGGACACACGCAGACGUGGCAGUAUUCUUUGUGCACGGCGUGGGCGGUUCCCUCGACAUCUGGGGCAGCCAGAUGGACUUCUUCUCCCGUCUGGGCUAUGAGGUCAUCGCGCCUGACCUGGCGGGUCACGGGGCGAGCUCGGCACCUCAGAUCGCGGCAGCGUACACGUUCUACGCCCUGGCUGAGGACAUGAGGGCCAUCUUUAAGAGAUACGCACGGAAGAGGAACAUCCUCAUUGGACACUCCUAUGGUGUGUCGUUCUGUACGUUCCUGGCCCAUGAGUACCCAGACCAGGUCCACAAGGUAGUGAUGAUAAACGGAGGAGGUCCCACAGCACUGGAGCCCAGCCUCUGUUCCAUCUUCAACCUGCCAACCUGUGUGCUGCACUGCCUGUCCCCCUGCCUGGCCUGGAGCUUCCUCAAGGCUGGGUUUGCCCGUCAGGGUGCGAAGGAGAAACAGCUGUUGAAAGACAACAAUGCCUUCAACGUGUCCUCCUUCGUGCUGCGUGCCAUGAUGAGUGGUCAGUACUGGCCAGAGGGCGACGAGGUAUAUCAUGCAGAGAUCCCAGUGCCCAUCCUGCUGGUGCAUGGCAUGUACGACAAGUUUGUUCCCAUAGAGGAAGAUCAACGCAUGGCGGAGAUCCUGUUGCUGGCCUUCCUGAAGAUAAUCAACGAGGGCAGUCACAUGGUGAUGAUGGAGUGUCCCGAGAGUGUCAACACCCUCCUGCACGAGUUCUUCCUCUGGGAGCCUGACUCCCCACCCAAAUCUAAACCCUGUCCCGAAAUCGCCACCAAGAGACCCGAAACCGCCAAGAUCCCCACCGCAUCCAACGGAGGAGCAACGCCAGAAAGCAAAGACGAGACCAAAUAACCCAGAGGGGGAUGUGUGGUAUUAACUCCAGUCAAAGCAGACACAGACAGUGUCCGAACAUUGCUGGUUGUCCUAGGCUAUGUCUCCUAAGGUGCAGGGAGCUGGUUUGAGCUGGUCUGGGCUGGUUUUAAACUGGUCUGAGCUGGUUUGAGGUGGGAUUUGAGGAGGUGGAACACAGCACACAGGGUCAGACGGGCCCAUUUUUGGGUCUGAGCCACAAAAGAAAGGAAGGGCAGGAGAGCUGGCAGGUAUGGAUGGACAGAGUGACGUAUCAGAUGACAACAAGGGGGAGGUCUAUUGUAUUAUUCCUGGUCCUGUUCUGAUUAACUGGUCCCUGGCUGGGACUGGAGACAGGUGGGAGUGAACAUUUUUGAGAAGCUCUGAAGAGGUGCUGAGUUGGAGAGGAUGGUCAUGGUGAAUCUGGUAAUGGUUUUGGUUUUGGUUGUGUGUUGCUGCUUUGUGGUACCAGUACCCAGGUCUAGACUCAGUCCCAUGUGAUGGCUUGUCAGUUGCCUAACCGCGUGGAAAUGUCAGAGUAUGGGUGGAUCAGAGAGGGAACAAUAAUAUAUUCAACGGGAUCAAGUGACACGGGAAACGUUGAUAGCCAAGAAGACUGCUUGUUAGGCCCAGAUUCAGUCAGUUCCAGCGCUAACCGGCCCAAACGGACAACUGCUGCAUAGCUGUUUCUUUGUUUUUGUUUAGGCGAUAUUGGAGGUGUCUCUGCGUUGGAACUGUCAAAUCUGUGAGCAGCUGCUCUCGUCGUCAUAGUCACAAAACCACACCCGUUCUUAAAUCCCCCCCUGCAUUAGGAGGUUCAGAAAUAACGAGGAUUUCUAUCAGCCUUAGAGGUGUAGAUUACAACACAUUCCUGUGUUCCAACUUGUAACAAGGCUGCAUGGGGUUAUUACUAAUCCAACUCGGCACAUCCAAUGGUAAUGUCCACGAUAGGGAGAACGCCAGGAGCCGCUUGCUGAUUCGACAGCUCCAACGCUGUUACACCUCCGACAGGCAGAACUGAUCUGAAUCUAGCCCCCUAUACUACUCACGCCAACGGGUAGACAGAAACCCCAGAACUAACUUCUGUUUCCUUACAGUACUUCUGCACAUGGGGGUUAAAUGUUAUGGAUGACGAUCAACGGUGCUUUUUGAGAACUAGCCUACUACAUUUUAUUUAUGCAGCAUUCAUACAGUAUUUAAAAGCACUUCCCCGUCAGAAGGAUUACAACAGGCAGGCUAACUAUGUUAUGCUAUAUCUAAAGAUGCAGAGUAACAACUUUGAGGGACCGGAGUAAGACCCAUGUUUGACUGUCCUACAAAGUUUCCUUGUGUAUUUUAUGGGGGAAACAAAUAUGUUUCCUUAUUAGCUGCAGGUUACCUAGGAAACACACAGGGGCAGAUGUGUGUUUUGGACCCCUUUUAAGAAGGAGAAUUGUACUGAAUCCUAGCGUUAUAUUUCUCACCAAAACUAUGCUAAACAAUUAUGAUCGUUUGUGGGUUUUCCAGGUAGAAGUGAUAUAAGCUCUGAAAAUGAUAUUGCUCCACCAAAAAUUGCUUACAACCUGAGAAUUCUUCAGUGCCACAUAGCCGGUCUUCUCUGUGGUGUAACUAGCAUCCCAUUGAUAAGUGUCACAAAGACUGUGUUGAAUAACAGUGUAUUAAAUACUGAAUCAAUCCCUAGCACUGAUGAUCUGCACUGCAGCGCUCUAGAAAUGUAAAGGCAAUGUUCCCACAUUCAUGGUAAACACUGCAUAAGUCGGUUCAAUUGGAAAUGACCUUCCAAUUUAAGUUGAGCCACAGCGCGGAUCUUCAGCGCCACGGAUGGAAUUAACCCCUUACUCUUUAGCUAGGUGUGCACCAGUGGAGGCUGCCAAGGGGAGGACGGCUCAUAAGAAUGUCUGGAAUGGAGCGAAUGGAAUGGCGUCAGACACCCGGAAACCAUGGAAACCAUGUGUUUAAUACCAUUCCACUGAUUCCAUUCAUUACCAAGAGCCCGUCCUCCCCAAUUAAGGUGCCACCAACCUCCACUGAAUGAUGCCCUUCACCUGUAUUCCACAGGACAGGCGGUGGCAGGUUGAUCUCCUGUCCAAUAAGACUGUUACUGAAACUAUUUGGUUUAACUCUGGUUUUAGCACUGCAACAGUCCAGUUACUUCAAAACGAUCACUAUCCCAUUUCCGUUUGUCGAUCUCUGCAAUGGAGCAGUGCAAAGCCCUCUGUUACUGUUGGUUAUGGAAAAGUCAGUGUCAGUGGAGGCUGCUGAGGGGAGGACGGCUUAUAAUAAUGGCUGGAACAGAGCGAAUGGAAUGGCAUCCAACACCUGGAAACCAUGGAAACCAUGUCAUUGUUGUAUUUAAUACCGUUCCGCUGAUUCUGCUCCAGACAUUAACACGAGCCCGUCCUCCUCAAUUAAGGUGCCACCAACCUCCUGUGGUCAGUAGGUCACCCACGAACAACAAUAUGCAUUUUGAAAACAUAACACUUAACAUGGCCGUGAGUAUACUUUUGAUAAAAUAUGCAACUUUUACAAGCAAAUAAUGAUGCUUAUAUAGGUAUUGAUGCUGAAAAAAAUGAGUGAACAGGAGUGAAUUAAAUUGAGAAUUGAGUUCUCGCUAGUCAGAUGGGUUUAGCUUUAUGAUCCUCAGUCAUGUUCUCAGUGGAACAUCACUAAGUAUUUUAAAUCUGAAUGGUUCUGAAUCUGUGUCAACUAUCAGUAUCACAUUUGUGCCCUUGUGCAUCUUAAAUGUAUCACUGUGUUCGCCUUUGAUAUUGAUUUCAGCAAUGAAGUGCUGGAAGAAUGUUCAGUUCACCAAAAAUAAAAUAUGAGGAAUAUUA